AUGAUUGCCCACCUGCUGAGGAGAUCAUUACAUGCAGAAACCCUUAAGCAGUGGGAAUUGAAACUGGGAGAUUCCAGAGACUUUCCCAGUCUGAAGGAAUUCGUCGGAUUCGUCGAAGCCUGCGGCAGAGGAAUCAACGCAGGAUCAGAGCUUCAUGCAACACAGGAAACCAACAUCGCCGACAGGAAAUCACUGAAGAAGAAGAAGAGCUCUUACGCAGCAGCUACUCAACAAGACAGCAACGCUGAGAGGCUUCUUCCGAGAAACUGUUGUGCCAUGUGUAAGGAAAAACACUUCAUUGCUGAGUGCCAGAAAUUCAGAGAGUUGCCCCCAGUAAAGAGGGACAGCGUAGUCAUAAGCAAUGGCCUCUGCUUCAGCUGUCUGGGACCUCACCGAAAGACGAAGUGUUUCUCAACGAAAAGAUGUCAACAAUGUCAGGGCAAUCACCACACUUUAAUUCAUGGAGGAAGCGAGUACACCAACGCUCCACCAAGAACUCGACGUGACUUGGAAUCAACAGAUGUCCCUGCAUCAGCAAGAGUCGAGCCAGGGCAGAGUACAGAUAAGAUCACGACUCAACCCAGUACAUCAACGGCAACAGUCAACCUCAACAACCAGCGGACCAGUGAGAAUGCAGAAACAACUCAACAAGAAGCAGAUCAACAAUCAGUGCUGUUAGCAACAGCGCAAGUCAAAGUAAAAUCCCCAAAAGGAUUCAUCAGCAGAGCCAGAGUACUAAUUGAUCAAGGAUCAGAGGUGUCAUUUAUCUCUGAGAAAUUAGUACAUCAACUGCACCUCACAAGAACAACAGAAACGUUGGAAUUAAUAGGAAUUGGCGGAGUCAAUUCAGGCCACACAAGAGGAAGGGUGUCAGUGACGCUACAAGCAAUCAACGGGCCCCAGCAAGUAAAACUCAACGCCCACGUCUUGAAGAAACUCACAGCAAUCCUGCCAUCAUUUUCCUGUGAAUCAGUCGAUAUCGGCUCACUAGAAAACCUUCAACUAGCUGAUCAACAGUAUCUCCAGCCUGGACCAAUAGAUAUAAUAAUAGGGGAUGACAACUACGGGCAGAUAAUUAAAGAUGAAGUUGUCAAAUCUAAACAGUCAAGAUUAGAUGGCCAACGAACAGCAUUUGGUUGGAUAUUAUCAGGUCCAAUCAACUGCUCCGGUCGCUCAACGAGGGUCUCCUUAUCAGCUGUACGGGAAUCUUCAAAUGAACGACUACUAGAGCUUCUACAAAGGUUUUGGGUCCAGGAAGAAUUACCAGUCCAACGUUCAGACAACUCAGAGCUAUCACAAGACGAGCUGGAGUGUGAAAAACACUUCAGAUCAACACACAGCAGAGAUUCAACAGGGCGUUACAUUGUGAGGCUCCCAUUGAAAACGUCAGCAGAAGCGCUCGGGGAGUCAAAGUUCAAGGCUUCACGACAGCUCAAAUCAACAGUCAGCAAACUCAACAACAAUCAGGAAUAUGCCCAGCUCUACAAGGAGUUUAUCAACGAGUACGAGGCUUUGGGACAUAUGCAGAGAGCACCCGAUUCUCCAGAACCUACCCCAGCCUAUUAUCUGCCACACCACGGGGUUCUGAGAGAAGAGGCCAUCACCACAAAACUGAGAGUCGUUUUCAACGGCUCCAGUCCCAGCUCAUCAGGUAUGUCACUCAAUGAUAUAUUAUAUCCUGGUGGAAAAUUGCAGAUCAACGCCAUGGACGUCUUGACAUGGAUGAGAAAGCACAGACUCGUGUUUGGCACCGACAUCGUUAAGAUGUUUAGACAGAUACGAGUUCACAGGGACGAUUGGGACCUCCAGAGAAUUUUGUGGAUUGAUGAUAAUCAGCAACAAAUCUCCUAUCAGCUAACCACAGUCACCUACGGUCUCAACUGUUCUCCAUGGCUAUCUCUGAGAGUUCUUCAACAAUUAGCGGAGGAUGAGGGUCACCGCUUCCCAGCAGCCGUCGAGACAAUCACCAGAGGUCGGUACGUUGACGACAUCUACGGCGGAGCUGAGUCAGCAGCAGAACUCAAGGAGAUAGUCUGGCAACGACAAGGACUCUGUCAGGCUGGAGGCUUCGCUCUUCAGAAAUGGAGCAGCAAUUGCCCACGGCUAUUGCACGAGCUCGGAUUAUCAACAGAGGAAGCCGUAAUCCAGUUUGAAGAAUCAGUCACCAAAGUUCUUGGAAUGUGUUGGCAUCAGUCGUCCGACACAUUCAGGUAUAAAUCCAGAGACUUCAACACACAGACGAUCACCAAAAGGGUUGUAUCUUCAGAGAUAGCUCAGAUCUUCGAUCCUUUGGGCUUCAUCGCUCCAGUCGUCGUAAAAGGGAAAAUCCUCCUACAGGAUCUCUGGAAACUCAAAUGUAAUUGGGAUGACCCCCUCCCCACGGAGUACACUCAACGGUGGGAGUUAUUUCGCCAGGAACUCACAGAAUUGGACAAAGUUGCUGUACCCAGAUGGCUCAAUUUAACAUCAAAAGAAAGUAACAUUCAAUUACACGGAUUCGCAGAUGCUUCAACCGUAGCUAUGAGUGCAGUGGUGUACAUACGCACCAGGAACAUCAACGAGCCAGCUUCAACAGUGAUGGUCUGCGCGAAGACAAAGGUAGCACCGAUCAAGCGCAUGACUAUUCCAAGAUUAGAGCUUACAGCAGCUCUCUUGUUAACACAACUAGUAGCCUCAACACAGAGGAUGCUUCAGCUCGACCAUGCAGAAACUCAUCUUUGGUCGGAUUCAGCAGUAACACUCGCUUGGAUCAGAAGCCACGCAUCAAGGUGGAAAGAUUUCGUCCACAACAGAGUGGUCAAGAUCCAGGAAACUCUCCCGAAUGCCAUCUGGAGACACGUCAGUGGGAAAGAAAAUCCAGCCGACUGCGCAUCCAGAGGCAUAUCUCCAAGUCAGCUAGCAGAUCAUCAACUUUGGUGGUCAGGACCUGAGUGGAUUAAUCAGGAUCCUGAAGAGUGGCCACAAUCAAUAAUUGACGCUCCAGCAAUGGACAUCCCAGAAGUGGCCAAGGAAGCGAAACCAGCACGAGCACAUCCAGUUGCACCAAAGGUCAACGAACUUGCUGAGCUACUCACCAGGUACAGCUCGAUGGCUCGGCUUCUAGCAGUAACAGCGACUAUCAACAGGGCAAUCGACAGAUUCAGGAGACUGCCGACGCCCCCGGGACCAAUCCUGUCAACAAGAGAACUCAACGAAGCGAGAUUAUUCUGGUCGAGAUUCACCACACUGGUGAUCGAAGAAGCUCAUCGCAGAACCCUCUACGGAGGGACUCAACUCACGCUGGCCUACACCAGACAAAGGUACUGGAUAAUCGGUGGCAGGGGCACAGUCAGAGCGUACAUUCUGCGCUGUGCUAUCUGCACCAGACACCGAGGGAAGCAGGCUCAACAACAGAUGGGUCAGCUGCCUGCAACCAGAGUAUCACCAUCCAGAGCAUUUCUCCACACAGGGGUGGAUUAUGCAGGUCCAUUCCAGAUCCUGAAGUGGAGACCAACGAAUGCACAGCCAGGACAGGUGCACAUUGCAGUUUUUGUGUGCUUCACAACUUCAGCAGUUCAUCUAGAACUCGUCAACACGCAGACCACGGAAGCCUUCCUAGGAGCCUACAAGAGAUUCACCGGAAGACGGGGCAUUCCAGCUGUCAUGUACAGUGACAAUGCCACCACGUUCACCAGCGCAGCAGAAGUUCUAGAAAGGCUCUAUCACCAAGCUUCCAGAGAAAAUCAACGAAUUCAGGCUGCUCUCGCCACCAAUGGGACACAAUGGAGCCUCUCACCACCUAGAGCCCCUCAUUUCGGUGGCAAAUGGGAAGCAGCCGUGAAAUCAACAAAAUAUCACCUCAAAAGAGUCCUGGGAAAGACAACACUAACGUUUGAGGAACUCAACACCAUAGUGAUCCAGAUAGAGGCCUGUCUAAACUCCAGGCCAAUCUGUCCGAUGUCGGACGACCCAGAAGAUCUCCAAGUGCUCACACCAGGACAUUUUUUGAUAGAUUCCGACAAGGUCGAUCCACUUUGGACGCCAUUAACCUCGUCACCAACCACCGCCAGGGACGCGAUCUCAGGGAAGAGAUGGCUGAAUGGCACAAAGAAGUACGACUUAGUAGUUACACUAGAUAUCAAGAAUGCCUUCAACUCGGCCAAAUGGGACCGCAUCAUCGAGGCAUUGGUGAAGUUCAACGUACCGGGAUACUUGUUGAGAAUGAUCGACAGCUAUUUCACUGGAAGAGUCCUUAAGUACGACAUGGACUCUGGUCCCAAGGAAUACAGAAGGAAGUCAACGACCUUCAAGACGAUCUGCCAUUGGAUGAACGCAGUGGGUCUGAAACUAGCGGAGCACAAGACGGAGGUCGUGCUGAUCACCAGCAGGAAGAAAACCGAGACAAUGACGCUGCAGGUUGGGUCCUGCAAAAUUACUUCUCAGCCGUUCAUUCGAUACCUGGGAGUGAUGAUCGAUGCCCGACUCAAUUUGAAGCAGCAAACCGCGCAUGUCGGCACCAAGGCGUCUGGAGUCAGAUCCCUCUUAUCGCGCCUUAUGCCUAAUAUCGGAAGCUCUAAACAAAGAAGACGAGCUCUGCUGUCAUCGGUGGUAACGUCGGUGCUCACCUACGGUAUUUCCAUUUGGGGUGAUGCACUGCAACUGCAGGAACCACGGCAAAAAUUGGCACCAGUAUAUCGACUAAGUGCUCUGCCAGUCGCGAGCGCAUAUCGUAUGGUGUCCGAAGACGCAGUGUGCGUCAUCGCCGGGAUAUUAACGAUAGAGGUACUAGCUGAGGAGCGGAGAUCCUUCUACCAGCGGAAGAGAUCUGAAAUGCUGAGCCCCGAAGGCGACACUGGCGACAGAAGAGAGGCGAAACAGUUCUAG